AUGAGUAGCGCUGAAAAUACGACACCCUCACCGACAUUGUGCAUUCGUUUGCUGACGAUCUUCUUCCGACUGACUGGUCAUGUGGUCGCCAAAUAUCCUGGAAUUGUGAUCGCCGUUGUCAUGGUUUUCACGAUAGUGUUCUCUGUGCAAGUACCAAUGACAAAGAUGAAAGAUGACUUCGUGAAUGGAUACACUCUGAAAGGCGUUCGCUCGUUGACUGAAGUUCAAGCGUAUCAGAAAUUCAAUCACGGUCACUAUCCAAUAGUGCUGUUCAUUUUGGCUGCCGCCAAAGACGGUGGUUCAAUGAUGCGUUUAUCGCAUUUGAAUGCCACAGUUGACAUUAUCGAUGAUGUUGGCAGUGAGUUCGCGGUUAAGAACAAAUCAUUCGAUAGUAUCUGUGAGAGUUUGUGCGAUAUCAACGAACCAGUCCCCGCCGUGCGUUUCCGUCUCACCGUUUCAACUAGACUAAUGACCAAUCUUUCUUUUGACAAACAUGAAAUACAUCAUCCUCUCAUCAUCUUUCAACGACUACAAACACACUCGAUGAAACACCAUAUUGGUAUUUUCAUCUCUUCAACGAGAAAUGCAAUCUGCAGAUGCGCGCUACAUUAUGACUGCAUCGAGACUGAAUUGAACUUUCAGAAUGGUUACAUGAUAAAUUAUCAAGGAGCUGACAGCAUAUUGGACAUAUCAUAUCCAGUAUCUCGAAUCGUCGGUCGACAAGUGGAUUUGAGUGCGAAUUUAUUCGGUGUUGACACAUAUGACGACUAUGAGAUGCAAACGAACAACGCAUCAUCGAACAUCAAAGAUCUGAAGCUUAUCCUGCUGCAGUUCAGAGCACAACGGCCGUCUGAGUGGAAUGUUGAUGAUGUUAUGGAAUGGGAACGAAAAGUGUCACAUCAUUAUUUGUUUAAGUACAACAAUCCAUACAUAAAACCAAUGGUUUAUUCGUUCGUAUUCGCUCAAGAUGAAAUCGCACGUACUGGCCGAACGAUGUUCCCAUACAUUGCGAUUGGUCUCCUCGUCAUUUCUGUAUUUUCACUUGUGACCGUUUACAUUUCCGCUACUUACACUAAUCAGUGGUCAGUCCAUAAAAUUGUAUACGCAAUCACCGCAGGUGUAUGUCCAUUGCUCGCCACAUCCACCGCACUGGGUCUCAUCUUUUGCUUGGGCGUUCGCUUUUCAUCAAUUCUAUGCAUGACACCAUUUCUCACUCUUGCAAUAGGAGUGGACGACUCAUACUUGCUGAUAAAUGCAUGGCUUCGUAUUUCUAGGAGACAGAACGAACUCGCCGUUAAAACUUCACUCGAAGAGCGCAUUGUGGAUAUGUUCAUAGAUGUGGGACCAUCGAUGACAAUCACAUCGGUGACGAACGUGGUAGCAUUUGCAAUCGGUGCAUUCACUCCAAUUGAUGAGAUCCGAAUCCUUUGUGUGGCCACAUCGUUAUCCAUAUCAUUUGCAUUCCUUUACACGAUCACUUUAUAUGCGGCUGUUAUGACGUUGUGUGCAUCCAGAGAGAUUAUCAACGAGAAAACUAGUGCAAACGAUCGUGCUCUCGCUAAUCAACGCAAUCAGAAACUCGCCGUGAUUGAAGGAUUUUUGAAUGGCUAUUGUGACUGGUUGUCCAAUGGUUAUACGUCAAUAUUUAUGUUACUGAUUCUGUGUCCAUACUGGUAUCUGAGUAUCACUGGCGCUAUGACAGCACAAGCUCGUUUAUCCAUUGACAGACUCUUCUUGGAAGGAUCGCCCAUGCUCGAGGUGAAUCAUGCACGGCAAAAGUAUGUCCUGCCAAGUUACACAUGUGUGACUAUAUACGUGAAUAGAGCUGGCGAUUUGUUCAACAAAACUCGAAUAGCACGAAUCAAACAGAUGGUCAAUGAGUUCGAGCAAUUACCCGAUUGUAACGGAGCACAAUUCAGUCAUUUCUGGAUUCGAGAUUAUGAGAAUUAUUUGAAGUUUACAAGUGAGGAGUUUGACGAAGACACAAACGAUUCAGACGCAGAUUCGUCAGCAUUCUCCACUGAAAGUAUACGCCAAUUUAUAGAAUGGCCCGAAUAUAAGUAUUGGCAAGGAUUCAUGCGAUUCGACGAAACAACUUCAAGAAUGAAAUCGUUCUUGAUUACGGUCGCGUAUCACGGUGAACAUUUGGCUGAUUGGACUGAACGAUUGAAUAUUCUCAAAAGGUGGCGCAGUAUUGUCGAUCGAUACCAAGACUUGGAAGCGACCGUUUAUGAAGAUGAAGCGUUGUAUUCAGAACAAAUUGAUCAUUUCUUACCAAUCACCAUUCAAACGUCACUUGUCACGUUCUUAUGUAUGGCUAUUGUUUGCUUCGUUUUUAUGCCGAAUUUCUUCACUCUGUUUGUUGCUGUUGGUGCAAUUACAUCGAUAUUCAUUGGUGUAUUCGGUUUCGUAACGCACUGGGGUGUCGAUGUGGACAGUUUUUCGAUGGCUGCACUCAUCAUGUCAAUCGGUUUAUCGGUUGACUUCCCAGCUCAUAUCACCUAUCAUUAUCAUCGAAGCGGUUACGAUAGCAGUCUGUCAACUUCAAAGGAACGUAUCAAGCAGUGCCUUAUCGCUAUUGGAUUCCCAUUAUUGCAGUGUAGUGGAUCGACAGUUUUGUUCGUACUGUGUCUGGCAUUCAUACCGUGUUACAUGAGUGCGGUUAGUUUUCAUACACAUACCCAUUACUGCAUAUUGUUCACGCUGCCUCGAGCUGAUAAAGAUUCAGCAGUCAGGUUGACACUAGGUGAAACUGAAAUGACCUUGAUCUUCAUUCAGGUAUUCAUAAAGACUAUUACGCUUGUCAUGUCACUCGGCAUAAUACAUGCGUUGAUCGUUGUUCCAGUGUUCUUGUGUACUUUAACAAAUAUUCACAAACGAUAUUCGACGUGGCAAAACUUCAGUGUAAUUUUUUUUUGGAACGAUCAAUUGAUUUUCUAUUCCUUUGUUUCACAAACUAAAAGGAAAGAUUAUCGAAAUCAUCGAUUGAUUAACGUUCACGAUUUUCAGCAGAAAAUGAUAAAGUCGAAGGAAAUAGGCAAAGAGGCAGAUGUUGCGUUCCGGAAAUGCAGUAGCGCGGAUGUGUCCAUAAAUGCUAUUCAGACGAUUGUUUAA